AUGGUAGAACGUGCCAUACCCGACCACUCGCUGCAUCCACGAACAAGCGGUCGAGAAUCAAUGAGAUCUCCUCACCAGUCUUCUCAAGUAAAACCAAUGAAUAGGCUCCUUGGAGAGAAGGAACGAACAAGAGCGAUCUGUGCCUGCUCCAAGGAUGCUCCCUACUGUGAUACGUUGUUGAAUAAAAUUCACAAGACAGUUUCAAUAAGCACUAAAUGCAAGCAGUGGAUUGCAAUGUUGGAUGCAAACUAUUUUGCGUCUGAACUGUCUCUACCACCGGAGAAACGCAUCAUAACAAAAGAUUACUGUCCAACCAGCUGCAGUAAUUGCAAUUCGAUUCAGUCCACACCUUCCAUCAAGACUGCGAUUCCAACAACAUCAUCGCCACCUACUGGAACCACCCACCCGCCCACGUCUCCAUCAACGAUACCUCCGACUCCAGAUGACGUGCUGAAGGAAAUUCUCCAUAAUGAUGUGGAUUUCAGGCACCUAACCAGAGAUUACGAUAUCAAAAGUGAUGCAGAGGAUGGUAUUCUCCGUUAUGAAUUCUACAUAGUAAACAAAAAGAAGGUGACAGAGCACAAUCGUAUGUACGAAGCUGGUGAAACCAGUUACAAAAUGGCCGUCAAUCAAUUCUCGGUUGCGAAACCGGAUGAGUUGGCUCCGCUAGCACUGGCCCUUCCACCACCUACACCUCUGAAUGAUGCCGUCCAAGGCAUACAACGUCAGAAACGCCAAACAAGAAAUGAUACGGUUGAUUUUCGACAUUAUAUGCAGCCCGUAGUUAAUCAGAUGAAUUGUGGCGGAUGCUGGGCAUUUGCUAUGACUUCCACUCUCGAAGGAUUCUUUGCUAUGAAUGGACACAGCAUUCCUCCUCUUUCGGUGCAAGAGCUUCUUGACUGUGAUCGAAAUGUGAGCACCAAAUACGGUGUGGGCAAUGUGGGCUGUGGUGGUGGUUACUUCCAGGUGGCAGCCGAAUAUCUGCAGAAGAAAGGUGCUACUUCAGAAGCUGAAUAUUCUUUCGUAGGAAAGGAGUCGUCAACAUGUCAGUUAUCUUCAGCUGCAGUCAUACCGCGAAUGAAAAGUUUCGAUUCGGGCUACGUCUCUGCAUUGAACGAUUCUGCAUAUGCUUUACUUAAUACGGCCUUGGAGGAACGUGUACGUAGGGGUCCGGUAGCUGUGGGAAUGGCUGUAAACUCAAAUAUCUAUAGUUACUCCGAAGGAAUCUUUGACGGCGAGUGUGGAACAACCAUUAAUCAUGCAGUGGUAAUUGUUGGAUUUACUCCGCAGUACUGGAUCGUCAGGAACAGUUGGGGUUCCUCGUGGGGAGAAGCAGGUCAUAUCCGAAUUCUUCGUCAACCAACCGACCCUUGCAAACUCACAAGAUACUGGUCACAACCUAUCGCGACUGCGACGUGGACCCAAGGAAAUGCAGUCGUUGUCCCACCUAUGCAGUCUACUACCUCAGUCCCGAAUUUACAGGACUGUUGUGACGGCGCUUGCUGCGAGGAGUGCACUUGCAACGACGAUGAUGAUGAUGACGAUGAUGAAUAUACUAUCUCUGGAAUGGAAAAGUUGAGAACCACAACGAUAACUACGGAUGUGAAUUUUGGAGUUGAUAGAGCCUGGAAAAAAGAAAAACAAAAGCAGAAGACGCAAAAGCUUUAA